AUGGUUCUGAGGAAUCAGUUGGUACAAUCAUCAAGAAUGCUGCCAUCAGGAAGCAUUCAAUUUACCACCUUCUUGAUUGAAACCAACAAUCAAUACCUCGGUUUAAACUCUAUCAUUGAUCUUUCUGCCAAGCAUCCUGAACGCCAAACGACGUUGUUUAGCAAAAAACAAUGGAUAGACAUAACCAGCAAAUGCCCUCCAUACACGUUGGACGAUACCUUAUAUCGUAGUGUUGACGAAGCUGUAAAUUCAUUUUUCGAUCAGUAUGAUUCUAGACAUUCUACAACAAGAAACUGGAAUUCAAUGUACCGGCAAAUCAUCACUCUUAAAGGCCAAUAUAAUGCAGAAUUGAAUGAUUCCUUUCGCGAUAUUGAUUUCUGUAUAUAUUUCUACGAAUCACUUCUCAUGCUGCAAAAAUACCAUGAGUGUCUUUGUUGAGGAUAUCAUAGAUACAAUAAUAAAGUUAAUUGUCGCAUCACAUUAAGGAUGGAUAAUAAUUUAAAAAGUUAAUCGUGAAUCACACAUUACCCCCGCUUAUUCUCAUUCUACCGUUGAAGUGUCUGUAC